GUACAGGCAGCCAGCAGACCAUUCUCCAUGAGGAGCAGUAGAAGAUGCCGGCUCUGCCAGCACUGUUGCUGUCAAUACACUUCCUGUUCUUGCUCCUGCUAGCCAGCAUGCCGCCACGCUCGCUCUGUCAGACCCCUGUACUUUCCGCUAUUCGCAUGGCGGCCAUUUUGGACGACCAGUCGGUGUGUGGGCGCGGCGAGCGUCUGGCUCUGUCGUUGGCUAGGGAAAACAUCAACAGCCUGAUGGACGACCCGGCCCGAGCUCGAGUGGAGGUGGACAUCUUCGAGCUGCAGAAAGACUCCCAGUAUGACACCACUGACACCAUGUGUCAGAUUCUACCCAAAGGUGUCGUGUCGGUGAUAGGUCCUGCGUCCAGCCCCGCCUCUGGCUCCACUGUCAGUCACAUAUGCGGCGAGAAGGAGAUACCGCAUGUGAAGAUCGGCCCGGAGGAGACACCCCGCCUGCCGUACCUCCGGUUUGCCACCGUCACCUUGUAUCCCAGCAAUGAGGACCUGAGCCUGGCUAUCGGGGCCAUCCUGCGCUCCUUCAGCUACCCAUCGGCCAGCCUGGUUUGUGCCAAGGCCGAAUGCCUGCUGAGAUUGGAGGAACUGGUGCGCCGCUUCCUCAUCUCCCGCGAGACGCUGUCAGUCAGGAUGCUGGACGACAACCUGGACCCAACCCCGCUGCUCAAGGAGAUCCGCGACGACAAAGUCGCCACCAUCAUCAUCGACGCCAACGCCUCUGUCUCCUACCUCAUCCUGAAGAAGGCAUCCGAGUUGGGGAUGACAUCACCAUUCUACAAGUACAUCCUCACUACCAUGGACUUCCCACUCAUGAGGCUGGAUGACAUCGUGGAUGAGCAGUCGAACGUAGUGGGCUUCUCCAUGUUCAACACCACCCAUCCCUUCUACCUAGAGUUCAUCCGCAGCCUCAACCUGUCAUGGAACGAGGGCUGCGACCUGUCCUACCCGGGCCCAGCGCUGUCGUCAGCGCUGAUGUUUGAUGCGGUGCACGUGGUGGUGGGGGCGGUGAGGGAACUGAACCGCAGUCAAGAAAUUGGAGUGAAGCCGCUCAGCUGCACCUCGCCUCAGAUAUGGCAACAUGGGACCAGUCUUAUGAACUACCUGCGCAUGGUGGAGUACGACGGCCUAACGGGGCACGUGGAGUUCAACAGCAAAGGUCAGAGGACCAACUACACCCUGCGGAUCCUGGAGAAACACAGAGGAGGCCACAAAGAGAUUGGGAUCUGGUACUCCAACAACACCUUGGCGAUGAACUCCACCAGCCUGGAUAUUAAUGUGUCGGAGACGCUUGCCAACAAGACCCUCAUUGUCACCACCAUUCUGGAAAACCCGUAUGUGAUGCGCAAGGACAACUACCAGGACUUCCAAGGCAACGACCAGUACGAGGGCUUCUGCGUGGACAUGCUGAGGGAGCUGGCGGACAUCCUCAAGUUCUCAUUCAAGAUCAAGCUGGUGGACGACGGGCUGUACGGUGCCCCCGAGCCCAACGGCUCCUGGACGGGCAUGGUCGGAGAGCUUAUCAACAGGAAAGCCGACCUGGCCGUGGCGGGCUUCACCAUCACGUCGGAGCGGGAGAAAGUGAUCGACUUCUCAAAGCCCUUUAUGACCCUGGGGAUCAGCAUCCUAUAUAGGGUUCAUCUGGGUCGUAAGCCGGGUUACUUCUCCUUCCUGGACCCUUUCUCGCCGGCCGUCUGGCUCUUCAUGCUGCUCGCCUACCUGGCUGUGAGCUGCGUGCUCUUCCUGGCUGCAAGGCUGAGCCCCUACGAGUGGUACAACCCUCACCCGUGUCUGCGAGAACGACGGGACAUGCUGGAGAACCAGUACACGCUGGGCAACAGUUUAUGGUUCCCCGUCGGCGGCUUCAUGCAGCAGGGAUCCGAAAUAAUGCCCAGGGCCUUGUCCACCAGAUGUGUCAGUGGUGUGUGGUGGGCAUUCACCCUCAUAAUCAUCUCGUCAUACACGGCCAACCUGGCCGCUUUCCUGACCGUGCAGAGGAUGGAGGCCCCCAUCGAGUCCCCGGAUGACUUGGCCGACCAGACCAACAUCGAAUACGGGACCAUCCACGGAGGCAGCACCAUGACUUUCUUCAUGAACUCUCGCUACCAGACGUACCAGCGCAUGUGGAACUACAUGAACUCCAAGCAGCCCAGCGUGUUCGUCAAAAGCACCGAGGAGGGCAUCGCCCGGGUGGUCAAUUCCAAGUACGCUUUCCUGAUGGAGAGCACCAUGAACGAGUACCACCGCGGCCUCAACUGCAACCUCACGCAGAUCGGGGGCCUGCUGGACACCAAGGGAUACGGCAUCGGCAUGCCGCUGGGUUCGCCAUUUCGAGAUGAGAUCACGCUGGCCAUCCUCCAGCUACAGGAGAACAACAGACUGGAGAUCCUGAAGAGGAGGUGGUGGGAGGGAGGACAGUGUCCCAAAGAGGAGGACCAUCGUGCCAAAGGUCUGGGCAUGGAGAACAUUGGGGGCAUCUUUGUGGUACUCAUCUGCGGCCUCAUCAUUGCUGUGUUUGUGGCCAUCAUGGAAUUUGUAUGGUCAACACGCCGCUCGGCAGAGACCGAUGAGGUAUGCCCCCAUACCUGCCCUCGCCGAACCCACAGACACACCCCAGUGUCUGUCUGUCAGGAGAUGAUCACCGAGUUCCGAAACGCCGUCUCCUGUAAGAAGAGCGCUCGCUUGCGCCGCCGCCGCCCAUUCAGUAGCUCGGCAGCGGCCCUGCGCCACCCGAACCGCAUUGCCCUAGGGGCCCCGCGGCCUCUGCGAUUGGUCCGAGAGAUGCGCCUGAGCAACGGCAAACUCUACAGCGGUGCCGGCCCCCUCACCGGCGGGGCCGGUGGAGGAGGCGCGGGGCCACCUGACCUGGGCCCAGGUCCCCAGCGGCUCCUCGAAGAUCCCCUCGGAGCUAACGCCACCCCCCCUCCGCCGGCGCCCACCCCGAUGCCGCUGCCCAGUCGCAGUUGCACCCACGUGAGGAUCUGCCAGGAGUGCCGUCGCAUCCAGAGCCUGAGAUCGGACAGCAAUUUGGGUUCGACGAUCUCGAGGAUACCACCGUCGUCGGCGCCCCUGCCCCGGCUGCCCCCACCGCCUCCCCCGUCCUCGUCCAACACGGACAGCGAGGGCGGAGGGGGUCCCAGCCCCGGGCGGCUGCACAGUCCCCCGCAUCACACCACCCGGCCCAUUCCUCUUCAACAGAACCUGAACAAAGCGGACCUAUUAGUAGACCAGGCCUGAGAGGGGGGAGGCAAGGUACUGCUUAAUCCCGAAACAGUGGGAAAAAAAAAGAUGGGAAGAUGAAGGAAUGAAGAAAAAUUAACCAGUGGAUACAAAAACACGGAAACUUGACCUUGAAGCCUACCGAAACAGCAGUGGCUUGCUCGCAUGCGCUUUUUAACACUCCCGUUUGGACAAAAACUGAUGGAAGUGUUCGUGGCAAGACCGUGCUUUUGAUUUUUUUACCUUUCUCCAUUCGAGUGACGCAUUUUCUUUCUCCUUUUUUCUUCCGAAGACACAUUCCGGAAGCUAACGAUACACUCGCUGGAGGACGUGUUGUACCCGUUUGCUGUUUUAAAUCGAACAGAAAAACUUCCUAAGGAUUAUUACAUGUUUUAUUCAUUCUUUGUCUUGUUUUGUUACCAUUUGUUCUAAGUGGAAGUUCAAUA